AUGUUUUUUUUUAUUUUUCAUUCUUUAAGAAUUUAUUCUUGUAUUGGAAUUAGUUUUCAAAUAUUUUUUUUAGAUUUGUUAAAGUUUUUAAAUAUGUCAUCAAAGGAUUCUGCGGAAUUUGACGAGUCCAAUCCGGAAGAAAUUAAAGAAGAACUUCGACGACUUAAAAACCUUCUCAAAAGUGAAGCGUCAAAGAAUACCAAACUUGCAACAGACUUGGAGCAAUUUCGAGCGCUUUAUGAACGUGAACACCGCAAAUAUCAGCAAGUCACUCGCGACUAUGAACAGGAGAUGGAGAAGCGCGACAGAGAGCUGGAAAAGAGGGAGCAAGAAAUAUUCGAGCUUGAAGAACAUCGUCAGCGUCUCUUGACCAACAAUGAGAAUGUUAAGAGUGAGGUGGCUGCUUUGAAUCAACAGAAUCGCUCUUUGACUGAGAAGCUCUGUACUGUUCAAAAGCAAUUGCUCGAGGAAAGGAACAAAUCUCUUCCAAAUCCUGCUGGAAAUGAGACUGCAUUGUUUGAAGCGGAGUCUAAAGUGGACGAACUUAAGGCAACAAUUGCGAGUAUGAAAGCUGAGGUUAGCCGUCUUUUGACUACAAAUUUUGAAUUGGAUGACCGUGCAAAGCAAUUGGAAGCCGAAUUGACUCAAGCAGCUACGGAUCAAGAAUCAAUGCGUGCUUUGAUUAAAUGUCAACAAACUGACUUGGAAAAUUCGCGCGAGAAGAUUCAGGAUUUGGAGGUUGAAGUUCAUCAAUUGAAUUCUCAAAUUGCUGGUGAUAUGCCUGUUGCUGCGAAAGGGAAUUCGCUUUUUGCUGAGGUCAUUGAUGGUAAGGACCUAGUUGAGAAGGAUUUGGCUCUGCUUCACAAAAGGCAUGCCCAACUUCAAAAGGAAUACAAUCGAGUUUCGAAAAUUGCUUACAACAAUUCAAUGAGUAAUUCAAUUUCUCGUGAUGGUUAUAAAUUGCAAGGACCAACACUUUCUGUCUUAAAAAUGGUUAACAGCGAACUCUCUAUGCGAUUGGACGAGAAAAUGCGUUUAAUUGAGAAAUGCCAUGUUUUGGAAGAUGCUGAACGCAAAAAUAUGAUUAAAUUUGCUAAGGAAAAUCCUGCUGACUUUGACAUUUUCCAAGAGCAUAUGAAUUCUAUGGUUUUACGUGACAAGCAACGUUUGGAACGUCGUGUUAUCAACUUGGAAUUGCGCGAGAGGGAUUUUCUGGAUGCAAUAAAUUAUGAGAAAUCUCGUUCUUCAUCUGUUCCUCAAUUGGAACACAAGUUGCAACAAUGUGAACGUUUAUUGGCUAAUUAUGAGACUGCACAGUUGCGUUUGGAUGAUGAUGAGGGGAUUUGA